CGCAUUUUCCAUGCGGCGUGAGUUGAAUUGCUCGUUGUGCAGUGAGCGUUUUCCACGUUCUACCCCGAAUUCCGCAAUUUCCACGGAUUUUCCGCCAAGUGGAGAACUCUGAACCUCAGUCAAAAGGAGCGACAGGUCGAGGGUUGAGACAAAUCGUCCGUUGAGACAAAUUGCCCACUCAGCCAAGUAGUCUUGUGAGAUAAAUUCAGCGCAUUUCAAGCUGGUGAGCAACGGAUGAGCCAAAAUGAGUGAAGUGAUCACCCCUUCCAAACUGAAAGUGGCUGAGCUCCGAAAUGAGCUGCAGCUGCGCGGACUUGACACUAAAGGGGUGAAAGCCGUGCUGGUCCAGCGGCUUGAAACUGCCCUGGCCGCAGAGAAUGAUCAGGGGUCUGCCGAAGCAUCUCCCGUCCCCGAGGGGGAGGGGGAAGAAGAGGAGGCAGGAGAGGAGGAGUAUGAGGGCGGGUACGAAGGCAAUGGGGUGGAGAUGGGGCAGGAGGUCCUCGAGGAUGAACUGCUGGGAGGCCAAGAGGAGAUGAUGGAGCCUGCUGAGGGCACAGACAAGUACACGGAAGAAGAUGCGCCAGCCUUGGAAGAGGCUGCUCCCGAGAUGCAAGAGGACUUCCCAGGGGCCGGGGAGGAAAAGGUUGAGCCGGAAGCAGAGGCGUCCAUGGAGCAAGGACUUGAGCAGGAGGAAGGACUUGAGCAGCAGGAGGAAAAACCUGAGCCUCAGGUGGAAGAGCCUCCCAGCGAUGUCAAAGUUGAAGCAGCUGAACCGGUCCUCAAGGAGGAGGAAGGUGUUGAAGUCAAGAUGGAAGCUGAGGAGAGCAAACCAGAAGUCAAGGAGGAAAGUGCCAAACCUUCAGCUCAAGCGGAGGUUAAAGAAGAGAAAAAAGACAGUCCUGCCAAAACUGACGACAGAGAAAGAGAUAGGGAGUCUCGGGACAGAAAGCGAGACCGCGACUAUGAACACCGAGACAGAGGGCGCCAUGACCGCUACCGAGAUCGUUCCCCCAGGCGAAGGACACCUUCGCCACCUGUCAUGGAGGAAGAUGACGACAUUCCAGAAACCACCUGCGUUCUCAGCAAAUACAUCUCUGACUUGAACAUGAAGGUGGCAAAGGACGGCACCUCAGCCCAGCCUCUCCAUAACGACGGCUUUGCCUUCCUGUGGGGUGGAGUCAAAGCAACGCACGGUGUGACCAAGGGGAAAGUGUGCUUUGAGGUCAAGCUGGAGGAACACCUGGAUGUGGACCAUCUUCCCCCAGAAGAAACCAACAGGCACGUCAUCCGUGUUGGCUGGUCUGCAGACGAAACCUCACUUCAGCUCGGUGAGGAGGCAUUCUCGUAUGGUUAUGGUGGCACAGCAAAGGUUUCCGUCAAAUGCAAGUUCACCAAUUACGGGGAGAAGUUUGAAGCCGGAGACGUGAUCACUUCGUGCCUGGACUUCGAGGGUGACAAGCCCACUAUCUCCUACAGCAAGAAUGGCACAGAUCUUGGAGUGGCCUUCACCAUCGAAGACAACUUGGAAGGCAGAGUGCUGUUUCCACACUUGCUGCUGAAAAACACAUCCGUAUCGGUCAACUUCGGACAGAAGGAAGAGCCUUACUUUCCAAUACCCGAAGGCUAUACUUUGGUGGCCAAUGUCCCUGUUGAAGAUCGCGUCCGCGGGCCCCUGCCUCCUGCAACCAAGAAAGACUGCGAGAUUCUCAUGAUGGUAGGGCUGCCGGGUGCCGGCAAAACCACGUGGGUCGAGAAAUACUGCGUGGAGCACCCGGAGAAGAAGUACUACAUCCUGGGAACCAACCUCAUCAUGGACAAGAUGAAGGUCAUGGGUCUGCCCCGCAAGCGUAACUACCACGGCCGUUGGGACAGCCUGAUGGACAAAGCCACUAAAUGCCUGAACCGGUUCUUUGAAAUGGCACCGCGUAAGAAACGUAACUUCAUCUUGGAUCAGACCAAUGUCUAUCCUUCUGCCCGCCGACGAAAAAUGCGACCAUUUGAGGGUUUCACCAGCAAAGCAAUCGUAGUAGUACCCACUGAUGAGGAAUUUCUGAAGCGAAUUGAUAAACGCACAAAGGAGGAAGGCAAGGAUGUACCCGAGCAUGCCGUGUUGGAAAUGAAAGCCAACUUCGAGCUGCCGGAGGAGGGGCAGCUGUUCGAGGAGAUCAGUUUCACGGAGCUGAGCCGGGAGGAGGCCAAGCCGGUGGUAGACAAGUACAUCAAGGAGGGGCGCGCGGCCGUUGGCUCACAGCCAAAGCGCUUCCGGGACGACCGGGAACGAGGCGGCAACUGGGGCCGCGACUUCCGGGGCGGCGGUGGCGGUGGCUACAACCGCGGGGGCGGCGGUGGCUUCAACCGUGGGGGCGGGGGAUACAACCGUGGCUAUGAUCGUGGUUACGGCAGGGGAGGCUAUGAUCGUGACGGCUACAGAGGCGGAUAUCGUGACCAGAGACAGAACCGUGGAGGUUACGGUGGCGGCGGUGGUUACGGUGGUGGGGGUUAUGGCAGUGGCAGCGGUGGUUAUGGUGGUGGGGGUUAUGGCGGAGGUGGUUACCGUGGAAGCGGUGGUUACGGCGGCGGUGGAUACAGGGACAACCGCAGCUCUGGCUAUGGCAGCGGUGGUGGCUACGGCAACAGAGAUAGCGGCGGUUAUGGCCGGCGAGAUUCGGGGGGCUACGGCAGCCGAGGGGGCAGUGGCUAUGGUGGUGGAGGCGGUAGUGGUGGCUAUGGCAGCGGAAGCUACAACCGACGUGAUCAAGGAUCUGGCUACAACAAACAGAGCGGCGGUUACGGCAGCUCUCAGGGUGGCUACAGCAGUCAGGCCAGUGGCUACGGCAGUUCAGGUGCCAGCGGCGGUUACGGCAGCGGCGCUUCCGGCACCGCAGCCACCGCGUAUGGCAGCACAGGCACGGCGGGCUACGGCAGCUAUGGCACAGGCACCGCGGGCCAGGCCACCACCGGGGCCAGCCAGCAAGGGUAUACCAACCAGCAGUACGCCCAGUACCAGCAAUACCAGCAGUACCAGCAGUAUUACCAGAACAACCCACAAUAUGCCCAGCAGUACGCCCAGUACGCCCAGCAGUAUGGUAAUUAUGGAGGGUAUGGCCAGGGCUCCGGAGGUACAUCCCAGUAAACUCAUCAACAAGCAGUACGCCCAGCAGUAUGGUAACUACGGAGCGUACAACCAGGGCUCCGGUGGUACAUCCCAGUAAAGUCAUCAACCAGCAGUACGCCCAGCAGUAUGGUAACUAUGGAGGGUAGGGCAGAGCCUGGAGGUACAUCCCAGUAAAUUCGUCAACCUUAAAGAAAAAAAAUGAGCUCAUAAGGCACGUUUUCAGUCAGCUAUUACACUGACAGCCUUUUUUUUAUAUAUAUACAUUUGAAUGUUGGAAAAAGAAGGAUUUUUUUAAUGUGUUCUGAAAGAGUUUUUGGUUGUAUGAGCUAGUGUCAGUCCAUAUUGUGGUGAAAAUUAAUGGAAGGGGGAUCUCUGAUUUUAAAUAUGUAAAUAUUUUCAGAUUUGGAUUCUUUUUUCCUUUUUGUGGUUGAUUGCCGAAUUAGGGCACUAUUCACGAGGAUGAUGUCUAUGUAAUAGGGUUAUUGUAGCCAGUAUGACGCAGAUGAAAAAGAUCUCUAUCUGUGAUUGCGACUAGCGCAUUUAAUCAGUGGAUUUCUUUCCAGCAGAUGUGAAUAUAGGAAGUUUUGGUAGACAAUCGUCAUCAAGUGUUGAUAUUGAAGUCAGAAACAAAGCUAGGAACUUAAUGUGUCUAGUUGAAGGAAUAAGUGAGAUGCCCAGUCAUUGCUUGCAAGUGAAUUUGAAAUCAGUUGCAUAAAUCAAAAUCCAUUUCCAUAUCUUCUUUGCACGAAACUCUUUUUGACUUCACAACCAGAGCCUUUUAAAAUUUAAAGCUCUUAGCAUUUUCCUUCAUGGGGAAGUGACUCACUUCCCCAUUAAGGAAAAUGCUAAGUAACGUUAUCCUGAUGUAUGCACAAAACCAGUCCUAAUCCAAUUCUGUAAUAAUUUGGUAGACAGUGUGCUAAAGAUGUUCUCUGGUUUCACUGCCAGCAGCUUAGAUGUUGAACACAUUCAUCCUUAUCACUAAUCACCAGUCGAAGAGAUCAGUUAUGUGGUUUUGCGAGUAGCACAUUGCGUACCAAAAACAUUGAAUCUUUUCCGGGCAGAAAUGUUGGGUUUGAAAGAAUCAGUGGCAAGAAUCGCAGUCCCAGAUGAAAAAUCAAUUUUUUUUUCACCCAUUUUCAAAAUUUCAUUCUUGUAUCCAUUCUGUGAAGAUCUAAGAAUCACAUCAUACAAGCCGUCAUUUGUUGCUGUUGGUGCAUUGUUUCUUUGGUAGAUAGUUUUGAUCUUUAACGGCUUAGCAUGCACGAACAGUGAAACUUUCUGCUUAGCAGCUCAAAGUUCACCACUUCCCAGAAACAAGAUGAAGGUGAACGUCUGUCAGUUUUGUAAGAAACAUUUUGUAUCUUAGAAAAUUUGUUAAAAGUAGAUUAAAUUUCGUUUGAAAUUGUAAAUGUAAAGUAGGUGAGAAUUUCUUAAAGUUUCUGUUUUUGUGGUCGGCAUGUUGUGGAGUAAUUUUUAAGAGUGAAGUGAAAUACUAUAAAAUGUAAAUUUUAACCUUUCGACAACCAACAUUUGAUAUUGUUUUUUGCACAGUUAAAGAGUGUAGAAAAUAUAGCCCAAGGUACUGACACGACACACUAGUAGAUGUUUAAAUUCCAGUCUAGAUUGUUCCUGAGCGCAUGCCCAUCGUCUCACACGUUUUUUAUUUCGCCAAAAUCGCUAUAUAGUUGCAUGCUUGUUUAUAUUGCUAUUGCCUUCAGGCCAUUUUUUUUCACACGCAGUUCGGAAAAAAAGACAAUUGUAGAACUCAGGGACACAACCAGUUCCGAUCCUGGUCUUGUACAAAACUUUCAACCCAUUGAUGUGUUUACUGCUGACGACAUUUCCAAAGUAAUGCAGCCUAUUUUGAUGGUGGAAGUUGACAAGGGGAUGGAUUAAAAAAUCAAACAUUGGAGAUACACCCUAAAAUUUCAGUCUUCGUUUAUUUUGUUUUCAGCGUCACUGUGAAAGCCAAGCUCCUCGUAAACAAAUUGUAACCAUACCAACAUUACAAGAAGUAGAGGCUGUGUUGUGAUGUGUUUACAGAAUAUGCAUAAUUUGUAAAUAUUGAUUUCCUUACCUUUUGGCAUUCUUGAUUCUAAAAAAUGCAAUCCCAUUCAGAAGGCUAAGUCUGAUUAAAGACUGACUGAGCCUGAUCCAUGAGCAGGCAAAACACCUGA